ACUGUAGAAGAUAAACAGAAAGAAAGAAGUAUCCUAAAUAAAGAGAGACAGUGAAGAAGAUUGAUUUGUAAAUAAAUGAAAUAAAAUGAUGGGAAGUGAAGAAAGAGAUAAAGUUGUGGAGAAGAAGAUCCAAGAACUAGAAGAAGGUCAUGCUUACAUGAAACAACAAAUGUCAAACCUUAAACUUUCUGAUGCCAGAGAAAAUCAUCAACAUCAUCAUCAUCGUCAAAGGUCUCACUCUGUUUCUCCACAACGUUCAAGAUUGGGUUCGUGGAACAAAAAUUCUUGUUCAUUCAAACACUCAUCACCACUUCAAAGGGAAACUCGUGCUCAUUCACAAUCACUCAUCAAUUUCACUGAAAAACAGUAUCUCAAUAUUUUGCAAUCUAUUGGACAUUCUGUUCAUAUAUUGGAUCUUAACUCUCGUAUCAUUUACUGGAACCGUAGUGCUGAAAAUCUAUAUGGUUAUGCAGAAGAUGAAGUUUUGGGGAAGGACGGGAUUGAGUUGAUUGUGGAUUCUAGGGAUUGGGGGUUAGCUUGUGAUACAGUGAACUCUGUUAUGAAGGGAGAGAGAUGGAGUGGGCAAUUCCUUGUCAAGAACAAGAAGGGGGAAAGGUUUUUAGCUGUAACAACCAAUACUCCUUUUUAUGAUCAUGAUGAUCGUAGCUUAGUUGGGAUUAUUUGUGUUUCGAGUGAUUCGCGGCCUUUUCUUGAAAUGAGAGUUCAAUUUCAUGGUGUAAAGAAUGCUGAAUUGGAUUAUGGUUCGGCUCAUCCUAAAAGUAGCAUUACGAAUAAACUUGGCUUUGAUUCUCAGCAGCCACUUCAAGCUGGUCUAACAUCUAAAAUUUCAAAUUUGGCGUCGAAGAUGGGUAACAAAGUUAAGUCGAAAAUCUGGACAGGAGAAAAUAAUGGAGAAAGUCAUCAUUCUGAACAUGGUUUCUCAGAAUCUGUUGUUUCGGAACAUAGAGAAGAUGCUAAUUCGAGCGGAGCUAGCACACCUAGAGGCGAUUUGCAACAGUCCCCUUUUGGUGGUGUGUUUUUUCAUGUUGAAGAAAAGUCACUAGGAAAAACUUUGAGAGACUCUGCUGAUGAGGGUGAAGGAAAACCUGUUCAUAAAAUUUUACCUACCAAUAAAGCUGAAGCCUGGAUUCAAAAGAAAACGUCAUCGUGGCCGUGGAAAACAAAUGAUCGAGAAGCAAGGAACGGUCAUGAUGCUAGACCGUGGAGGCAGAAUGAUCAAGAAAAUGAAUCAGUUAAUCAGAAGGUUGUUUCUUCUGGAUUGAAGCAGGAAAGCCACGCAGGAGAAAGUAAUCGUCCUACUUAUAAUGAGGCUUCGAAGUCGUGGUCUUCGCCGUUUAAUGUUAACAGCACAAGCAGUGCUAGCAGCUGUGGAAGUGCUGGUAGUUGUGUUGUUAAUAAUAAAGCAGAUUUAGACACUGAUUGCUUGGAUUCUGAAAUUUUGUGGGAGGAUUUGACGAUUAGAGAACAAAUUGGACAAGGUUGUUGUGGAACUGUAUAUCAUGCUCUGUGGUAUGGAUCAGAUGUUGCUGUCAAGGUUUUCUCAAAGCAAGAGUAUUCAGAUGAUGUGAUACUGUCAUUCAGACAAGAGGUAUCUGUCAUGAAAAGACUUCGGCACCCAAAUAUUCUUCUCUUUAUGGGAGCAGUCACUUCACCUCAACGUCUCUGCAUUGUCACAGAGUUUCUCCCACGAGGGAGUUUGUGUCGCUUGUUACACAGAAACACACCCAAAUUUGACAUGAGACGGCGAGUUCAUAUGGCCUUGGAUAUUGCACGAGGCAUAAAUUAUCUUCAUCAUUGUAACCCGCCUAUCAUCCAUAGAGAUUUGAAGUCUUCAAAUCUUCUAGUUGAUAAGAAUUGGACUGUGAAGGUUGGUGAUUUUGGUCUAUCACGUCUUAAGCAUGAAACAUAUCUCACAACCAAGACAGGAAGGGGAACGCCCCAAUGGAUGGCACCAGAAGUUCUUCGUAACGAACCGUCAGAUGAGAAGUCUGAUGUUUACAGCUUUGGGGUGAUAUUAUGGGAACUUGCAACUGAAAAGAUUCCUUGGGAUAAUCUCAACUCAAUGCAGGUGAUUGGAGCUGUUGGGUUCAUGAAUAACCGUUUGGAAAUUCCGAAAGAUAUUGAUCCACGGUGGGCUUCUAUAAUUGAGAGCUGCUGGCACAGUGAUCCAACCCUCCGACCAACUUUUCCGGAACUGCUUGAAAGGCUUAGAGAGUUACAAAAAUGGUAUGUCAUUCAGUUCCAAGCAGCCCGGUCUGCUGGCGGAGAAAGCAUCCAAAGAAAGGAGUCCUAGAGACAGCCUUGGACAUAUUCUUUCACUUUGUCACACAUGGCUGAUGAUGCACAAGUAUGUAUAUUUUUGUGCAUAUAAUAUAUAUAUAAAUGUUCCUGGUCUUUUAUACAAUGGUAUAAACAACUGGUCAGAGGCUAAGGUCUUCAUUCAACAUCUGCCAAUGUAAUAUAGAUAAACGAGAUAUAAGGGAGUACUAUACUUUUUUAUGUUGAAUUUGGGUUAGUCAUUUUUAUUUGUAUUAGUUGUCUGUUACUACCUCAAUUUUAUUUUAUUUUAAUUUAUUUUAUAUGCAAAAUGGUUGUACCAUUAUAUAAAACUUGUACAGAAGGUAGUAAGUGAAAAGGGAAAAAAUGGUUGAAUUUCCAUCAUCAUUACCCACCUUUGAAGUAAAAGUGCAGCUCAGCACAAUUAUUUAAAUGGAUACUAUGUUAA